UUCCCUCUGCAGAGAGAACAUCCUUGUUCUGGAUAUAUUUUUUGAAGCUCUCAAUUAUGAGACAAUUGAACAGAAGAAGGCAUAUGAAGUCGCUGCCUUACUUGGUGAUAUUGGUGGUCAAAUGGGAUUGUUUAUUGGUGCUAGUAUCCUUACAAUACUAGAGCUCUUUGAUUAUAUUUAUGAGCUGAUCAAAGAGAAGCUCCUAGACUUGCUUGGCAAAGAAGAGGACGAAGGGAGCCACGAUGAGAACGUGAGCACUUGUGACACGAUGCCAAACCACUCUGAAACCAUCAGCCACACUGUGAAUGUGCCCCUGCAGACGGCCCUGGGCACCUUGGAGGAGAUUGCCUGCUGACAGCCCUUGGACCACCCGGCACCCCCCAAACAGACCUGGAGGCCCAAGACCCAGGACAGGGGACAGCAGGUGCAGGUGGGAUGGCCCCUGAUGACAGAAAGAAGCAAGAGCCCUCUAUGCACACAUAGCAAACUCUCUGCCAAAACCUCGCUGCGGCCACGUCUGACAUGACAUGUCCUUGGGCCCCGCCGUGCGUCCCUUUAGGAGAAAUGAGUCACACUCUGGAACUGCCCGAGAAUCAACCUGCCAUCACAUCUCACUGCCAGAUGUAUAAAGCACCUGCAUGCUCAGACUGCUCACGGCGCCACCUCCACGUCUGUCUCUGUACAUGACUCUGCUCCACGCACUUCCCAGCGACUACUCUGCAGGGUGCAGCGGGACCAGGUUCCAGCCCCGAGGUCACCACCCCAUGGUCAUGCUGGGAUCACAGCUGCACAGUCGAGAGGGAAAGCACAGAACUCUCAACCACGUCCGGUCCUUGUGUACUUUGUGAAGGUUCUUAACCUGCCCACAAACCCCUUCCCUCCCCCGAGCCGGCCCAUGGGCUGACCAGGGCCCUCCACCCGACCCCUGUCCCAGCGCCUGGUGGAGGCAGGGUGGCCUGGGCGACUCCAGCACUCAUCCGUGGGACUCAUGUCAUUCUGCUGUCCCCGUGACCCAGCUUGUACAGUCCGAAUCUGUUUCUUCUUCAGGGGAGGGGUGGUUGUUUUGUUUGUCUGUCGGAGAUCUGUUUUGUUUGGUUUUGUUUUCUGAUUUGGGGUUUUGAUGUUCUGAGGUUUGGUUUGAUUGGUUUUUCCAUUUUCUCUGGCGUUUAUUUAUUCAUGCUUCCAGUCAUGGUCAUAUUAAAAGCUGGU